AUGGUAAAUCCUUUCAAGACUCCUUUCCAGAAUGAGGAUCAAUUCGCCGUCGACUGUCAGAAUAAUGGGUCACUUGAGCCGCAAUUCCAGAUCAAUAGACGGCGUAAUAUGCCGAUAGUGAAGGCAUUUGGACAAAUAGGGUACUAUCUGUUUCCAAGUGAAAAUUCGUAUGACCAAUUCAAAGUCAAAGGUGGUGAUUUUGAACAUCUGAGUGCUGAGGGUAUGGGGGUUCCACUUUUGCAGUUUGUUCUUCGAUUACCGUCCCUUGGUAUGGUCGUUGGUAAUUCACCAACAUUUGUGAUCUUCAAGUUCCUAUUGUUAAGUACCAACAGUCCUCCUCCGGCUGUGCAACAUGAAGUUGUAGCUGCAAAUGGUCAGUUUUGCGUAUAUAAAGUGCCGUUUUGUGAGAUUUAUCGGUACAAGUCAUUUAAGGAGACCGAGUACAGACUAGUGUUUCCAUUUGGAAACGGUCUGGGCCAUAAUUGUAUCAUGAAGCGUUCAUUCGCCAAUCGGGACCUAUAUACGCAUGUUGGGGACUCAAAUUUACGCUGGUACGUUCCAGCCUCUAUUCUAUACAAUAGAGAUCACUAUAAGCUUCAGAUCUUGGAUGAUUGUGUUCCAAGUAUUCUAGACGAUCCUGAACUUAAAAAGAAGAAGAAAGCAUUGAAGAAGGGAAGGAAACCCAAUAAUAUUACCAUUGCUCACUACACUAGAACAUUUAGGGAUGCUUUACCACAUAAGUACGCCAAACGUGCGAAUUUGUACGUUGGAGAAAGGGCAGAUGUGACCUCGUAUGGAAUAGAGAACGUUCCAUGGACCACGCAACUCCUUGCAUGUCAGGGGCUCUUGAUUCAGUACGUUGAGCACAUGAGAAGGAAGGAGAGGUCGAAUAGUGGCAGUGGUGGCGGCGGGGUCGGUAGUUGA